UUAUAAUAGAGAUCCAGUGGUCUGUGCACGUGUGAUCCUCUACUUUGGUUCUCUCGUUAAACGUAGUAUACCUUCGUUAUUCUAUACGUUGUUUGUGGUUCAGCUGUUCAAUACUAUUGUGUAUAUUUUAUUACCACGUUUGGUGAAUGUAAUUAUUCACUGAAAUGGAGACUGCUUUCGGGUUUUGCGACCUAUGCAUAAAUGCAGAAAUUGUAAAUAAAAAUACAUUACAUAAAGUGCUGGAUAAAUUAUAUGAAAUGGGUUAUUCAACAGUAGCAAUCAACCGAACAAUAGAAGAGACAGUUUUCGAAUCUGAAAAGAAAAACAAGAAAAAGGCCGGUGACAAUGAAGCUCCGGGAGUUACUGUCCCGAGUCCUCCAGACAUCGCUGAUCUAAUUUCAGAAUAUGCUGGAAAGCUUCGUAUUUUAAAUCGUCUUACGUUCGUGUUCGGAGAUCCCACAAGAACCCAUACGCUGAAUCAAUCAUCGAGUCUGAGAAAGUAUGACUUAUACGCUGUUGUACCUAAAACACAAGCAGCAUUUCAGUUUGCUUGCUCCCAACUCAAUACAGACAUCGUAUUAUUAAACAGAAAUUGUGUUGGGCUAAAGUUGAGCAGGAAGUUAUAUUUACAAGCUGUAGAGAGAGGAAUUAAUUUUGAAAUUCAGUACUGCGAUGUUAUUAGUAGUGCGAGCAGAAAGUUUGCUAUACAUUACUCCCAUCUGUUCCACAUGUUUGGCAAAAGCAAAAACAUCUUCAUCAGUAGCGGAGCUUCAAUUGAAACCCAAAUUAGGAGUCCCUAUGAUAUAAUAAAUUUAGCUUCUAUUCUGGGAAUGAAUGAGACAAAAGCUAAAGCUUCAAUCCUCUCGCAGAGUCGAUAUGUCAUUUUGAGAGCAGAAGGAAGACGCUAUGGAAAAGCAGUUUUUCGAAUACAAACAUGUAGCACCGAAAAAAGAGAGAUGGAAUCGGAAAUGGAAAUAGAAGCGGAGGAAACAGACGAUGAACAUGGUGACACUUGUACCGAAGCAAAAAAAAUAAAACUGUGACCAGUCGGGAAAGUAA